GUCGUUUCGCUGGCGUUGACGUUGAUGGGUGGAAGUGCCAGGCCUUUUCCGGAAGACGCGGCCCUAGUGCCCACAUACACUGUGGGAAAGGCCGAGGCUGCGGCCUGCCUUGAACUUUGUGAGCGGAGGAGGCAUUGGCAGAGUGGCGGCAUCAGGGGGGGGUUCGCUUAUGUCGCUGUAUGUAAAGAGAUCAGUGUAUGUUUAAAGUUGGGAGGUGAAGGGGAUUGGACAUUUAUUGAUCAAUCGAGUUAGAGGGGGGGUGAGUGACAGCUGGGGUCAAGGGUCACAGUCUGCUGGAGCUGGAUGACAGUGAGAUCUCAGGGGUCUGUUGGCCAUUCAGCCUGAUAGGGAAAGGCUCUUUUUUAUAUUUUUUUUGCCAAAACAGUAUCCACUGGGGCCUAGUACAGGUAAUAGUAGGGUGCUUAGAGGCCGGUGUCCAGGGUUGCCCCAGAAUCAGAGGCCGGUGAGGUUACCCCCCCUUUUGCUGCCAUGCUGCGCUCCUUCCCUACCACUCGCCUAGUUUCUGCCCUCUCUGGAAGCAGUGUGCUGGUGAAGUGCCUGUGGGGAGCUGUGUUGCUUCUUUACCUCAUUUCGUUUUGGGUUGACACCGCGCGGGUACUUGCUGUCACCCCUGGUUUGCUUUUGCCCCCUAAUCUGUGGCUUUGGACUGUGGUCACCCAUGGACUCGUGGAAGUGCACGUUUGGGAUGUCAUUGCCAACCUUCUCCUGACACUAGGAGCCGGCCGUCGUCUGGAGCCGCUUUGGGGGGCUCCUGAACUGCUUCUGUUUUAUGGUGUGGUGAGUGUAGCUGUGGGGGUCCUGAGUGCACUCUGGUUUCUACUGGCAUACGCUGCAACGUCGGACCUGCAUUUCCUUUUCUCGGCUCGCAUCCAUGGAUUCCCAGGAUUUGCAGGAGCUGUUCUGGUGGCCCAUAAGCAGACAGUUGGAGACGGGCAACUGGAGCCACGGCGCUGGGUGCGUGCGAUGCCCCAAAUUGUCCUACUGGCAGUAACAGUUUUGAGUGCGGUUGGUCUGGUCCCAAGCCGAAUGCUGGUGGGAUACACUAUCGGAAUGCUGUCAGGCUGGGUGUACCUGCGCUUCUACCAACGACACAGCCGGGGCAGAGGAGACAUGUCUGAACAUUUCUCGUUCACCAGCUUCUUCCCGGGUCCCAUUCAACCAGCUACUGCGCUGCUUGGCAAUCUCACGCAUGCUGCCCUGGUGAAGCUGCGUUUGUGCCCGCGUGCGGUCAAGAGAUACGACGUGGGAGCUCCUUCUUCCAUUACCAUCAGCUUACCGGGUACAGACCCUCAGGAUGCAGAGAGGAGAAGACAACUGGCGCUCAAGGCUCUGAAUGAACGAUUGAAAAAAGUAGAAGAUCAAACCUCUUGGCCAAGUAUGGAGGAUGAGGAGGAUGAAGAUGGUAGUCAAAAGGAAAGCUCCUUCUUUAGCGUGGGUACCCCAGAUACUUCAAGUCAAGAGCCAAACGUAACAGCAUCACCCCCAGUGUAAUGUCCCACCAGGCACCGUUGUGCUAUUGACCAGCCUUGUCCAGCCACAGCGCAAGUGGUUGAUGGUUCUCACAGAUCUGUGCUUGGUAUGGAGGUGCUCUCCCAUGUAAAGACUACACCUCACAGGGUCCCUUCAUCUCCCUGUCGACUCAUAUUAACACAUUUGCACAGUGGAUCUGUUACAAGUGGGGACCACGCUCUUCCAGAAAGGCAUAAUCUGUGCUCACCAACACUCCCCUUCGAUUUAGUGAAGGCUUCUGCUACAGUCUGUCCACAAAAUGAGCUUCCCCACUGCUCAUGUCUGUCGCUUUCUGCUUUUUAGCACUCUGUAACCGCAACUGGAAACUCUCCAUCUGCAAAACACCUACACGUGGACAGUAACGUUCAGAAAGGAGAACAGUUAAAUGCCCCUCGGUGGCAACGUGUGCCCAGCGCCCAAAGUGGACAGCUGGUUCUUUUACCGGCUACCAGUACUGGGGUCUUUCUCAUUAAAAAAGUAUCUGUGAGGUUCUUGUGAUUUGAGUUCUCAAGCUGCACUGCAUGGGAGUGGGAGGCAGCUGGGAGUGGAAAUAAAAGGGUCUUUUCUUCUG